AGAAUCGGAAAUUUUAUACUACUACCUUACAGAGAAAUAAAAGAAAAGAAAGAGAAAGAGAAAGAAGAGGAACAUUGGAUUCUAAGUUGGAGACCAGAAUUUUUGAGAAUGGAAAUUGAUGGAGCGAUGAUCCCAGUUGCCACUCCAUGGGAUGGAAUGGCUGUAUCAACAUUUAAACAGUUAGCGAAGUGGAUAAUGAUUUUAGAGCCAAUGCCCAUGAAGAUACAACCAUGGCCGACAGUAUUAAAUGCGGCGUGGAAAUCGAACGACAGGGAAAUCAUGAUGAUCUCGUUCGGAGCAUCGGUAAUAGGAAACAGGGAUGCCAGAAAUCAAAUAAUAAAGUUUCGGGAGAAAGUCGAUUUAGAGAAUCAUCAUCUCUUUCCUCGGGACGAUCAUGGGAAUUUGGUAAAGAAUCAAGCACCCUGGCAGUACGGGAAUUAUGCCGAAACGAAUACAUGGUUCCAUCUAGUGUCACAGAUACCCGAGUUACCAAUCAAAACUUGUGCGAUAAUAACAAAAAAUCAAAAACUGAUAGCGUGUUGCGAGAAUUGCAAAAUGAUCAUGAAACACAGAACACCCAUGAUCUUGCCUCACUCAUUAGGUUAUUGAAGGAUAAGGAACCAUAUCGUGAUGAGACAAAUAAAGAUGUCUUGUUUGACUAUGAGAUUCAAUUCUUCGCCGAAACAUAUGGCAUUACUGAUUUCCUCCUCAUGUUGCAUGUGGUGAUUGGGUCUUUUUGUUAGAAGAUCAUGGUGUUAUUUAUUUUUGGUCUCGCAUAGACGAUAGCAUGAUACGCGGAGGAGAAA